GAUCAAAUAGUUUUUCAGAAGAAGCUCUUUCAGACCCUGAGGAAACAUUCUUCUUAUCCCAAAAUAAUAGAAGAAUUUGUUAGUGGCCUGGAGUCUUACAUUGAGGACCAAGACAAUUUCAGGAACUGCCUUUUGUCCUGUGAACGCCUGCAGGAUGAGGAAGCCAGCAUGGGCACGUCUUACUCGAAAAGCCUUAUCAAACUGCUUCUGGGGAUUGACAUAUUACAGCCUGCCAUUAUCAAAACCUUAUUUGAGAAGCUGCCAGAAUUUCUUUUUAUAAAGAUGAACAGUGAUGGAAUCAACAUGCCUCGACUCAUCAUCAGUCAACUAAAAUGGCUUGACAAAGUUGUGGAUGGCAAGGACCUCACCACCAAGAUUAUGCAGCUGAUCAGUAUUGCUCCAGAGUACCUGCAGCAUGAUUUCGUCACCAGCCUACCUGAAAUCUUAGGAGAUUCCCAGCAUGCUGAUGUGGGGAAAGAACUCAGUGACCUACUAAUGGAGAAUACUUCACUCACUGUCCCAAUCCUGGAUGUCCUUUCCUCCCUCAAACUUGACCUGAACCUCUUGUCUAAGGUCCGGCAGUUGGUGAUGAGUAAGCUGUCUUCUGUCAGAUUGGAUGAUUUACCUGUGAUAAUCAAGUUCAUUCUUCAUUCUGUAACACCCACAGAUGCACUUGAGGUAAUUUCUCAACUUCGGGAGCAGUUGGAUCUGCAGCAUUGUAUUUUGCCAUCACGGUUUCAAGCUUCCCAAAGCAAGAUGAAAAGUAAAGGACGAGCAAGUUCUUCAGGAAAUCAAGACAGCAGCAGUCGAGACUGUGUUACUCUCCUCUUUGAUGUAAUAAAGUCAGCUGUUAGAUAUGAGAAAAUCAUUUCAGAAGCCUGGAUUAAGGCAAUUGAAAGUAUUAACUCAGCAUCUGAACACAAGAUUUUUGACCUGGCAAUGCUCCUCAUCAUCUAUAGCACCAAUACUCAGACAAAGAAAUGCAUUGAGAGGGUGCUAAGAAAUAAGAUUCGAUCAGGUUUUAUUGAAGAGCAGCUGCUGCAGAGUACGUUCUUUAUUCAUUACUUGGUUCUUAAAGAUAUGUGUCCAUCUAUUCUGUCACUGGCUCAGAGCUUGUUUCACUCCUUCGACCAGAACAUAAUUUCCUUUGGCAGUCUUCUAUACAAAUACUCAUUUAAGUUUUUUGACACUUACUGCCAGCAGGAAGUUGUUGGUGCCCUAGUGACCCAUGUCUGCAGUGGGAAUGAAGCCGAAGUUGAUACUGCAUUGGAUGCCCUUCUGGAAUUGGUUGUAUUAAAUCCAUCUGCUAUGAAGCUGAAUGCUGUCUUUGUGAAGGGUAUUUUAGAUUACCUGGAUAACAUGUCCCCUCAGCAAAUACGAAAACUCUUCUAUAUUCUCAGCACACUGGCAUUUAGCAAACAGGUGGAAACCAGCAGCCACAUCCAGGAUGAUAUGCACCUGGUGAUCCGGAAGCAGCUCUCUAGCACCAUAUUCAAGUACAAACUCAUUGGGAUUAUUGGUGCUGUCACGAUGGUUGGCAUGAUGGCUGCAGAUAGUAGAUCUACUAAUCUAACCCAAGGGAGAACUGACCUAAGCAAUGAACAGUGCACACAGGUGACCACCUUGCUGCAGUUAGUUCAUUCCUGUAGUCAGCAGUCUCCUCAGGCCUCUGCACUUUAUUAUGAUGAGUUUGCCAAUCUGAUCCAAGGAAGAAAGCUGGCUCUAAAAGCCCUGGAAUCAGUUGGGCAGACUAUUUUUAAUGAUUUCCAAGAUUCAUUUGUGGUAGACUUCUGUGUUGUUCCAGAAGGCGACUUUCCAUUUCCUGUGAAAGCUCUCUACGGACUAGAAGAAUACAGUACUCCUGAUGGGAUCGCCGUCAACCUCUUGCCCCUGUUGUUCUGCCAGGAGUACGCAAAAGAUGGGGGUCGAAUGACUUCACAGGAAUCAGGCCAGAAAUUAGUGUCUCCUUUGUGCCUGACUCCCCAUUUCCGGUUGCUGAGACUUUGUGUGGAGAGACAGCAUAAUGGAAACUUGGAGGAGAUUGAUGGCCUAUUAGACUGUCCUGUAUUUCUCACUGACCUGGAGCCUGGAGAGAGGCUGAAGUCCAUGUCUGCCAAAGAGCGUGAAUUCAUGUGUUCACUCAUAUUUCUUACUCUCAACUGGUUUCGAGAGGUUGUGAAUGCCUUCUGCCAGCAAAUAUCACCUGAGAUGAAGGGGAAGGUGUUCACCCGGUUGAAGCACAUUGUAGAACUGCAGAAAAUUCUGGAAAAAUAUUUGGCAGUCACCUCAGACUACGUUCCUCCUCCUGCAAACUUUGACUUAGAAACUUUAGACUUAACACCUCAUACCAGUACUGCCAGUUUAGCAAAAAUCAGAAAAAAAGGAAAUACAGGAAGGAAGCGUAAAGCAGAUGACAGCAAAACAUUAUCCCCUGACACACUUUCAAAAGAAGAUAAUUCAGAAUGUGACCCUACACCAUCUGACAGAAGCCAGCUGAGCAAGGAGUUUGCAGGAAAAGAAGAAAAAACAGCAGUGUCACUACAGAAUUACCAUGCUUUUUUCCGGGAGCUGGACAUUGAGGUCUUCUCUAUCCUGCAUUGUAAUUUUGUGACCAAGUUCAUCUUAGAUACUGAAAUGCACACUGAAGUAAGUGAUGGACUGGGAUCUCAGAACUUAAUCUUUUGGAAAGUUCUUCAGCCCUACUCUUCUAAGAACAUGGCUAUGUUAACCAAAGCCAUCUAGCAAUUUCUUCCCAUCAUAACUCUGAAAUUAUUACAGAAUAAAGGAAACCGGGAUAUUGGAUUCUCACAUCUCCGUCAAAAAUCUUCCCAAGAAAUUGCUCAUUGCGUUGUCCAAUUGCUGACCCCAAUUUGUAACCAUCUGGAGAAUAUUCACAACUACUUCCAGUGCUUAGCAUCUGAGAAUCAUGAUGUGGUUGAUGGACCAGGAAUGAAAGUUCAAGAGUACUACAUAAUGUCUUCCUGCUAUCAGAGGAUACUGCAGAUUUUUCAUGGGCUUUUUGCUUGGAGUGGAUUUUCUCGACCUGAAAAUUAUAAUUUACUGUACUCAGCCCUUGGGGUUCUUAGUGGCCGACUGAAGCCAGGAGAACGUGAUCAGGCCUUGGAGGAACUGCUCAGCCAGAGCUUCCAUUACUUGCAGAAUUUCCAUCAGAGCAUUCCUAAUUUCCAGUGUGCUCUUUAUCUCAUCAGAUUUUUGAUGGUCAUUUUGGAAAAAUCUAGAGUUCCUGCCCCGAAAAAAGAAAGAAUUGCUUCCCUGGCCAGACAGUUCCUCUGUCGGGUAUGGCCUAGUGGGGAGAAGGAGAAGAACGUCUCUAAUGACCAGCUCCAUGCUAUGCUCUGUAUCUACUUGGAACACACAGAUAGUGUUCUGAAGGCCAUAGAGGAGAUUGCUGGCGUUGGUGUCCCAGAAUUAAUCAGUUCUCCUAAAGAUGCAUCUUCCUCCACAUUCCCUACACUGACCAGGCACACUUUUGUCAUUUUCUUCCGUGUAAUGAUGGCUGAACUAGAGAAGACAGUGAAAGGUCUUCAGGCCGGCACAGCAGCAGACUCGCAGAAGGUAUUUGAUAGUCGUCCUGUUCUCCAUGCAUGUUUGAAGUAUGGACGUCUCUUUGUGGAAGCAUUUCUGAAGCAAUGUAUGCCGCUCCUAGACUUCAGUUUUAGAAAACACCGGGAAGAUGUUUUGAGCUUACUGGAAACCUUCCAGUUGAACACAAGGCUGCUGCAUCACCUGUGUGGCCAUUCCAAGAUUCACCAAGAUAUGAGACUCACCAAACAUGUCCCUUUGCUUAAAAAGACCCUGGAGUUAUUAGUUUGCAGAGUCAAAGCCAUGCUUAUCCUUAACAACUGCAGAGAAGCUUUCUGGCUGGGCAAUCUCAAAAACCGGGACUUGCAGGGUGAAGAAAUUAUAUCGCAAAAUUCCCAGGAGAGCACAGCAGAUGAGAGUGAGGAUGACACAUCAUCCCAGGUCUCCAAAAGCAAAGCAAGAGAGGAUGGUGAAGAAGAUCAAGCAAGUGCUGGAGAAAAAGAGCAAGAUAGUGAUGAAAGUUAUGAUGACUCUGAGUAGAACCCGGAGAGACUGGUGGUUCUCUUCCGCAUCUGUCCCAGCUCUGACCAUUUUGUGUUCAUGGUUUGAUAUCUGCUGUUUGCCUUUCUAACUGGAAGGAUCCUAUUUUGUUCUUAAAGAGGGGGCUUUAUUUAAUUAAUUUCAUAGAUUAUCUAACAUCAUCAAAGUGCCAGGUUUCCACUCUAGCAUUAUUUACUGGGUUGGAUAAACAUGGCAGUGCUAUGCUAUAGAGUAAAAACUCAGUCAUCCUGGGCCUUAGGAACAAGUGUUGAAACUCUCUGAUUUAUUCUAGAAUUUAGGC